UUUUAUCAUUAAAAACAGAGACGAGACGACACCGUUUGUAUGACAUCUCGCCUGGCUCUCGCUAAGUACCUCCCUCCCUCCCGCAUGCAGCAGCAGCAGCAGCCUCAAGUUGACUCACAAAUGGCGUCCUCUGCAACUGCAAAACAUGAUAACCCAAGGUCUGUCAAAAGAGUAGCUGUUGUUGGUGCUGGGGUAAGUGGGCUUGCGGCGGCUUAUAAAUUGAAAUCACAUGGCCUGGAUGUCACUGUAUUUGAAGCUGAUGGAAGAGCCGGAGGGAGGUUGAAAAGUGUUUCUCAAGAUGGUCUAGUUUGGGAUGAGGGAGCUAAUACAAUGAUCGAAAAUGGAAUGGAGGUUACAGGAUUGAUUGAUGCUCUUGGGCUUCAAGAAAAGCAACAAUUUCCUAUUUCACAGCAUAAGCGUUAUAUUGUGAAAAAUGGGACACCACUACUGGUACCCACAAAUCCUGUUGCACUACUGCAGAGCAAAUUGCUUUCUGCACAAUCAAAGAUCCGGAUCAUAUUUGAACCAUUAAUGUGGAAAAGAAGCGACUCCUCCAAAGUCUGUGAUGAAGAUUCUCAGGAAAGUGUGGGCAGGUUCUUUGAGCGUCAUUUUGGGAAAGAGGUUGUGGAGUAUCUAAUUGAUCCUUUUGUUGGAGGUACAAGUGCAGCAGAUCCUGAAUCUCUUUCUGUGCGCCAUUCUUUCCCAGAGCUAUGGAAUUUGGAGAAAAGGUUUGGCUCUAUUAUAGCUGGGGCUUUGCAAUCAAAUUUAUUUGCCAAAAGGAACAAAACUGGAGAAACUAAAGUUGCACAAAGAAAAAACAAACCCAAGCGUGGUUCGUUUUCUUUCCAGGGUGGGAUGCAGACACUGACCGAUACAUUGUGCAAAGAGCUUGGAAAAGAUGACCUAAAAUUAAAUGCAAAGGUUUUGACAUUAGCUUACAGUCAUGAUGGAAGUUCCUCAUCACAAAACUGGUCUAUUACUUCUACUUCUAACCAGAACACUCCAGUGGUUGAUGCAAUAAUCAUGACGGCCCCUCUAUGUAAUGUCAAAGACAUCAAGAUCUCAAAAAGGGGAACCCCCUUUCCACUUAAUUUUCUUCCUGAGGUGACCUAUUUGCCACUCUCAGUCAUAAUUUCCACCUUUAAAAAGGAGAAUGUAAAGAGACCUCUGGAUGGAUUUGGAGUUCUUGUUCCUUCAAAAGAGCAACAAAAUGGUUUUAAAACCAUGGGUACACUUUUUUCCUCUAUAAUGUUUCCAGAUCGUGCACCUAGUGAUUUAUAUCUCUAUACCACCUUUGUUGGAGGAUCUCGAAACAUGGAACUGGCUCAAGCUUCCACUGAUGAGCUUAAGAAAAUUGUUACUUCUGAUCUGAGAAAGUUGUUGGGAGCAGAAGGGGAGCCCUCAUUUGUCAACCAUUUCUAUUGGAGUAAAGGCUUUCCUUUGUAUGGCCGUAACUAUGGAUCAGUUCUUGAAGCUAUUGACAAAAUGGAAAAAGAUCUCCCCGGAUUUUUCUACGCAGGUAACCACAGAGGUGGACUCUCAGUUGGCAAAGCAAUUGCCUCCGGUUGCAAAGCAGCUGAUCUUGUAAUCUCCUACCUCAACAAUGCAUCAGAAAGCAUAGUGCCUGAUAAAUGAUAAUCAUUAUUGAUGUAGGAAGUGUAUGCUUCGACAUUUGUUAGUUUGUUAUCUCCUCAUAUCAGCAUGUAAUAACUAUUGUACUUGCACGACUCCCCAUUUUGAAUUAGGAAGCUCAUUAAAUGCAGUCAUUAUUGUCGAUGCUGCUCCUACUCAAGGAUAUGAGAGGAUAUCUAGUCUAGGCAGUUUUUUCCUUGCAAAUAUUUAAUAUCAAAGGAGUGUAUUACACAUUACUUAGAAGUACAAUAUAUAGAUUAUAGAUAAGAGUACCUCGUCUAUCUCCACAAUAA